UCUUAUCUCCCCCUCCGUCUUCUAUUUCGUCAAGCAUAUGUAAGAACGAAGAGGAAAAGAAAAAUCUCUCUUUUUUUUUGGUCAUUUUUUGUGUGUUUUCCGAUUUUGUUCUUUUUCAGAUUUCUUGUUCUUGUUGAUGCCAAUUGGCUUUUUUUUUUCUUGGAUCGGCGUGGACUUAGGUGGGGCGCACAAUGCGAUCUGAUCUUUACGCCCCAAGACCAUGAUUAAACGGGAGAACAAAGAAACGAUGCAAGGAAGGAUCGAGGCAUCCUCAGGAUGCCUUAGGACCAAGGCAUUUUGCCUUAACUCACAUGAAUGUGGUAAUGCCUUUGAAAGGUUUCCUGAGCCCAAGAAGGAAAUGAACAUCGAUCCUGGUGGUACUAUGGAAUCAGGCAAUCCAUCAAAGAGGGAGUCAUCUGCACCACCAAAUCAGGCAUACAGUAGACCUUGCUACCAACAGGAUUGGCCAAACUUUCAUCCUGAUGUUCAGAAUUUUUGGCAAAGCCCUGUGAAUAUAGUAGAGACCCAUUUCUACCCAAUGAACAGGGAAUAUGCUUUUCCUGUUGAAAAUAAGUUUCACUAUCCACCAUUCAGGAUGUUUGCUCAUGGUUACCCGCAUGAAUUUCAGUUUCAAGAAUUUCAGUAUUUUGUGGUUAUCGAUUUUGAGGCAACUUGUGACAAAGAAAAGAAUCCAUAUCCACAAGAGAUCAUUGAAUUCCCAUCUGUUUUAGUUAAUAGCAUGACUGGGCAAUUGGAAGCUUCUUUCCAAACAUAUGUGCGGCCUUUAUAUCAUCAAUGCCUAACCGAUUACUGCAAGGAGCUCACUGGAAUUCAGCAAAUCGAAGUGGACAGAGGAGUUCCUCUAAGUGAAGCUUUACUUAUGCAUGAUAAGUGGUUGGAGGACAAAGGCAUUAAGCAGAAAAACUUUGCUGUGGUGACAUGGGGUGACUGGGACUGUCGUGUGAUGUUGGAAUCAGAGUGCAGAUUCAAAAGUCUCAGGAAGCCUCCCUAUUUUAAUAGGUGGAUCAACUUGAAGGUUCUUUUCCAAGAGGUGUUUGGUAUGCGCUGCAAUCUAGGAGAGGCAGUUCAGCAGGCUGGCCUGGCAUUUGAGGGCCGUCCUCACUGUGGCCUUGAUGAUGCCCGCAACACCGCUCGCCUCCUCACCCACCUCAUGCACCGGGGGGUCAAGUUCUCUAUAACCAACUCACUAGUAUGGCAGCCUGGGGAUUGCCCGCUGACGUGGCAGUCACCACCUGACCACCCAAUGGACCCUGGCCAGCAAACUCAGAAGCUGAAAGAGCUGCAGGUCCCUCCCUUCCAGUUCCAUCCCUUCAUGGAACCCAUCACCGGGGAGAUAUGCGGCAACUGUUUUUGUGGGGUGAGGUGCAGCAAAUCUGUGGUUCGCAAGCCUGGGCCAAUGCAGGGCAGGUGCUUCUUUGGGUGUGGGAGAUGGACACCUACAAGACGUGCCGUCUGUAAUUACUUCAGGUGGGCCUCACCUUAAAUCAAAGAGAAGAUUUCCAGUACCAGAAUGUAUUCUCAGGAAAAUCAUUUCUACACAAGGGGUGAAGUUUAACCUGAUAAAUAGUUGGGAAAGGAAUAAAACUGCAGCUUAAUGGGAUUGUUGCUUCCAUAUAUAUGUUGUUACAUGUAUAAGACUAGAACCCUUUGGUCUUUGUCUGACCUCCCAAACUGACUUCUUAUCGAUAGAAGUGAAGGGGGAUGACUUUGCUGCUUAGGGUGCUUCACAUGUAUAAGACAUGUUUGUUUAUCUAAAUGAGCUGUUAGAGUUGGACCUUGUUCUUUUUUUUCUCU